UUUUGAGAAGCAGCUUAAGGUCAAAGUAGCCCGUAAUUUCUUAGAGUUGUAAGGCUCUUUAUUAAUGCAUGAAGUGAGAUAAUACUCGUAAUUUAUAGAAUUUAAGGCUGCACAGAAAUGGUUUCGAAAUUUGAGAAUGGGAUUCCUGUACAGCAGUUUGUCUCUCGCUUUCAGUCGUAUUCUUCCAAGUUUCUUUUCUUUCCUUGUCUGUUGAUGUCUCUUGUUUUCAUGCAAUGGCUAAUCUCAAUCGGUUCUUAUUCCGGUCGAAACUCUCCUCCUAUGUAUGGAGACUUUGAAGCUCAACGGCAUUGGAUGGAGUUGACCCUGCAUUCUCCAGUUUCCAAAUGGUACUUUGAAGAUUUGGAAUGGUGGGGAUUGGAUUAUCCUCCUUUGACUGCCUAUGUAUCUUUAUUAUUUGGGUUUAUUGGUCACUAUUUCUUUGAUCCUAAAUGGUUUGCUCAUAUUUCUUCCAGAGGAUUUGAGAGUCUUGACUUGAAGCUGUAUAUGAGAGCUACCGUCAUUCUUUCUCAUCUCCUCAUUCUGGUACCGCCCUUAAUAUUCUAUUCAAAGUGGUGGUCCAGACGUGUCCCUGACUUCGUGGAACGUAACGCAUUACUAGUAAUGGUUCUCUUUCAGCCAGCAUUACUACUUAUCGACCAUGGUCAUUUCCAGUAUAACUGUGUCAUGCUUGGUUUGGUCAUGUACGCAAUUGCAAAUCUAUUAAAAAACCAGUAUGUUAUUGCUACCUUCCUUUUUUGUUUGGCUCUUUCUUUUAAACAAAUGACUUUAUACUUUGCACCUUCCAUCUUUGCUUAUUUACUUGGUGUUUGUUUCAAACCCCAUUUUCAGUUCUCUAGACUGCUUGGUUUGGGAAUCACUGUCAUAACUACUUUCUGUAUAGUAUUUUCUCCUUGGAUUUAUAUCGAUUUCAAAGUCCAAUUACCUCAAGUUGUCCACCGUAUGUUUCCUUUUGCGAGGGGUUUGUUCGAAGACAAGGUCGCCAAUUUCUGGUGUGCUGUUAAUACUUUAUUUAAAGUAAAAGAGUACUUUACUAUGAAACAACUACAAUCUUUAUCUUUGUUGUUUACCCUAAUCUCGAUUCUUCCGUCUUGUAGUGUUCUUUUCUUGUAUCCCCGGAAAAGAUUGUUGGCUCUUGGCUUUGCAAACGCUGCUUGGGGAUUCUUUUUAUUUUCUUUUCAAGUCCACGAAAAGUCUGUACUGAUUCCUCUUCUUUUAACUUCAGUUAUACUUUGUCACGGUCAUUCAACUACGAAAUCUUGGAUAGCUUUAGCAAAUAACGUUGGCAUGUUCAGCUUGUGGCCUCUUUUGAAAAAAGAUAACCUUGGGUUGCAAUUUUUUACUGUUUUAUUUAUGUGGAAUUGGAUUGGCCAUAUGUUCGUAUUCUCCAAGAAUAUCAUUUUCCGUUAUUUACAAAUUUCAUUUUACUUAGCCAUGGUUAUAUUGUUUGCUCUCGAUAUAUUUGUGGCACCCCCUUCAAGGUACCCGGAUUUAUGGGUAGUGUUAAAUGUUAUUCUCUCUUUUGCUGGUUUUCUCAUUAUAUACUUAUGGACACUGUCUCGACUACUUUACAUUUCCAGCAAAUUAUCAACAGAUUUGGGAAUGAAAAAGCGCGCUUAGCUUCUUCGUUAUUCCUUUUUGAUUUGCUCCUUUGACUACUAUCAGCUUUUACAACAUCUAUAUAGAAUAACUGAAAUCAGAAGAAUGUUCAUUCAUUACGCAAAACACUAAAUGAAAGUUACUUUGACCUAAAAAAUAAUUUAAGCUAAGAUUCUCUUCAUUAGAUAAAGAACGAUUAAG